GCCACAAAACAGACUCUUAGGAUGAGCCGCAGGUGUCCCACCAGAAACACGCAGACGUACGGGCAUUUGUAUUUGCCGGAUAUCUGUCCCUGCCCAUCGGCUGUUCCCGCCUGGCGCACCAUGGCUGUGAAUGUGACACCGAUCCGGGACACAAAAUGGCUGACGUUGGAGGUUUGUCGGGAAUUUCAGAGAGGGACGUGCUCACGGCCGGACAGCGAGUGCAAGUUCGCCCACCCUGCCAAGAGCUGUCAGGUGGAAAAUGGAAGAGUCAUUGCCUGCUUCGACUCCCUCAAGGGUCGCUGUUCCAGGGAGAACUGUAAGUACCUGCACCCUCCUCCCCACCUAAAGACCCAGCUGGAAAUCAAUGGCAGGAACAACCUCAUCCAGCAGAAGAACAUGGCCAUGCUGGCCCAGCAGAUGCAACUCGCCAACGCCAUGAUGCCCAGCACACAGCUGCAGCCAGUGCCCAUGUUUUCAGUCACGCCCAGCCUUGCCACCAAUGCCAGCGCCGCUGCAGCCGCCGCCGCCGCGUUUAACCCCUACCUGGGCCCCGUGUCGCCCGGCCUGAUGCCGGCUGACAUCCUGCCCAGCACACCCGUACUGGUCACCAGCAAUCCCAACGUCCCCAUCCCAGCUGCCGCAGCCGCCGCCGCACAGAAACUCAUGAGGACGGACAGACUGGAGGUAUGUCGGGAGUAUCAGCGGGGCAACUGCACACGUGGGGAGAACGACUGCCGCUUCGCCCACCCUGCAGACAGCACCAUGAUCGACACCAACGACAACACCGUCACGGUGUGUAUGGACUACAUCAAAGGCCGCUGCUCCCGGGAAAAGUGCAAGUACUUCCACCCUCCAGCCCACCUGCAGGCCAAGAUCAAGGCCGCCCAACACCAAGUCAACCAGGCAGCUGCAGCCGCAGCAAUGACUCAGUCGGCUGUCAAAUCACUGAAGCGACCCCUCGACGCAACUUUUGACAUGGGGCUCCCUCCUGUCUUGCCUCCUUUACCAAAGAGACCUGCACUUGAAAAAGCCAACGGUGCCACCACCAUGUUCAAUGCUGGCAUGUUCCAGUACCAACAAGCCCUGGCCAACAUGCAGUUUCAGCAGCAGGCUGCCUUCAUACCAUCAGGCUCAAUAUUGUGCAUGACACCUGCAACAAGUGUUGUACCCAUGAUGCACGGUGCUACUCCCGUCACUGUGUCUGCAGGCACCACAUCUGCCACAAGUGUUCCCUUUGCAACCGCAACAGCCAAUCAGAUUCCAAUAAUAUCUGCAGACCAUCUGACGAGUCACAAGUAUGUGACCCAGAUGUAGGCGUCUCAAUCAGAACAAUCAAGCUGGAAGAGUGUCGGCGUCCAGUCCAAGAUUAACAACCACCCUUCACGCCGGCGACAUCGAGAGCAAACAGGAAAUCCACAUUCGAGCUGGAGCGGGGGGGGGGGGGGGAUCUGCAUGUUAACACGGGAGGCUGAGUUUGUUUGUGGUACCUUCUCACGUGUAUUUCACACAAAACUAGAAAUAACAGUACAGACGAACAGAACAUCACCCACGUCCGAGUCCGCCUCUCGCCCUGCGGAGGCACCUUAACCUUUAUUCACCCGACACAUCUUGAAUGUCAACAUGAGGUAAACGUGCGGAGCAGAAGUCUGAGUGGUACGUUCAUAGACCAACAGUUAGGAAUAAGUGUAUUUGGUUUGGUUGUUGUUGGGUUUUUUUUAACCUAAAUGUGUUAUUUUGUUUACAAAAAGAUGCACCUUGCAUUUGGAUUAACGUACUCUGAAAACGAGGGGGGUCGUUCGACCGAAGGACACGGGCGUGGUUUUCUCCAAAGUCCACGACGAGGGACGCGGGUCCCCCCGGAGGCGAGGUGCAACGGCUGAAUGUUCGGGAUGAGGUCUGUCUGGACGAGGUCUGUGUCUGGACGAGGUCUGUGUCCGGACGAGGUCCGUGUCUGGACGAGGUCUGUCUAGACGAGGUCUGUGUCCGGGUGAGGUUUGUCC